CGGAGGAGAGGCGCAGCCCAGUCCCAGUCGAGCCGGAGUCCGCGGCCGCGCCUCCUUGGCGUACCCGCCCGGAGCCCGGCGCCGCCGCCUGCCACCCGCGCUGGCCGCGCUGUGACGCGGGCAUGAGCCUGCCCCGUGGCCCCACCGAACCAGCGCCCCCGACCCGGGCCUCGGCGCCCAGCGGGCGCCGGGUGCGGGAGCCGCUAGGACAAUGCUGACGCGGGUGAGGUGAGGGGCAGCCCGACGGCCGCUGCCGGCUCCUCGAACAGGUGAUCCAGGUGCUCCAGGAGUGAGACCGAGGCCACCUGGGUGUCCCUCCCCUGCCUCGGCCCAGCCCGGCUCCCCCAAGACGGUGGGACAGCCAUGGCGACCAAUUUCAACGACAUCGUCAAGCAAGGCUACGUGAAGAUGAAGAGCAGAAAGCUGGGGAUCUACCGGAGGUGCUGGCUGGUGUUCCGGAAAUCCUCCAGCAAGGGGCCCCAGCGACUAGAGAAGUAUCCGGAUGAGAAGUCAGUGUGCCUCCGAGGCUGCCCCAAGGUGACAGAGAUCAGCAAUGUCAAGUGUGUCACGCGACUCCCCAAGGAGACCAAGAGGCAGGCAGUGGCCAUCAUAUUCACUGACGACUCAGCACGCACCUUCACCUGCGACUCAGAGCUGGAGGCAGAAGAAUGGUACAAGACACUGUCUGUGGAGUGUCUGGGGUCACGGCUCAAUGACAUCAGUCUGGGAGAGCCCGACCUCCUGGCACCAGGGGUGCAGUGCGAGCAGACAGAUCGCUUCAACGUCUUCCUGUUGCCCUGCCCCAACCUGGAUGUGUAUGGCGAGUGCAAGCUGCAGAUCACCCACGAGAACAUCUACCUCUGGGACAUACACAACCCCCGCGUGAAGCUCGUCUCGUGGCCACUCUGCUCACUGCGCCGCUAUGGCCGGGAUGCCACACGCUUUACCUUCGAGGCUGGCCGGAUGUGUGAUGCCGGGGAAGGGCUCUACACCUUUCAGACGCAGGAGGGGGAACAGAUUUACCAGCGCGUCCACAGUGCCACCCUGGCCAUCGCCGAGCAGCACAAGAGGGUCCUGCUGGAAAUGGAGAAGAAUGUGAGGCUGCUCAACAAGGGCACCGAACAUUACUCGUAUCCUUGUACACCCACCACCAUGCUGCCCCGCAGUGCCUAUUGGCACCACAUCACGGGUUCCCAGAACAUAGCCGAAGCCUCCAGCUAUGCCGGUGAGGGGUACGGGGCAGCCCAGGCCAGCUCAGAAACGGACCUUCUCAACAGAUUCAUCCUGCUAAAGCCAAAGCCCAACCAGGGGGACAGCAGCGAGGCAAAGACCCCUUCCCAGUGACAGCAAGGCUGGCAGGCAUCGAUGACUGUUGGGGCUGCCUGUUGCAGGACAGACUACAGCAUUCUGUGGAUGGCCUCAAGGGGCUGUUGGCCAAGAACCUGGAGAAAGGGAGCAAGCUGUUCCCUCCUUGCCCCCGAGGGUGAGGCUGGACCAAGGCGAAGGGCUGGCCGCACUACCUGAGCAUGUGAGGGGCCGGAGCCACCAUGGACUAUAUGCUGUUGAUGGUUUUAAUAUUUAUGGCUUAUGACAUAUUCUAUAUUAAGAGAUUUUUCCCGUCCCUUCCUGCCAACACAUACAUUUUUAAUCCCAUGGCCAGGCCAUGGUCAAGGCUGUUUUAAGAGUAUGGGGGCAGCUGUUUCCCUGUCCUUUGUGGUACAGCCCUCCUGCUGCCAGGGCCAGAGGAGGGGGACAAUCAGAACUCAAGGCUGGCCUUGCCUGCUGACUUUUCCCAAGCAGCCUAGGGACCAAGACAGCAGGUGGCUUCUCUGUUCCUCUGGGCCUAGAGGCACAGGAAGGAUCCGAACUUCUACAGUGCCACUUGGCAGCCUUGCACUUGGGAGUUUUAAGCAGAGGUGACAUCUGGUUGAUGCCUCAGGUGAAAAAUCUGGUUUGAAAAUGUCAUGUCUGCACAGGCUUCUUCCUGCUUAGGAUGAGAAGAGGUCCUCAGGGCGGGGUGCUGAUUACCUCAGCCAGGUAGAGCACGGCUGGGGCCCAUUCCUGCCCCAGGGCCAGGCCAGGAGGAACGGCUGCAGCAGGACUGCUGUGGGGAGCACCCCUGCUGCCCUCACUGACAGGGGGACAUUGUCCCAACAGAGGGAGACUCUCUGCCAAGGGUUUGGCCACCCUAUGCCAGAGCACUCAAACCAAGCCCCCCCAUUCCUCCUCCCCACAUGGUGCUGAGGCUCCCUGCUGAAAUGCAAUUAAAGCAAUUGAUUUUCUAGUGCUGGUAUUUAUUGACUACCGUUGCAGAAGGGCUAUCUUUCUAUUCACAUCAAACCUUUGGUUGCGUGGUUUUUUGUUUAUUGUUUUUUAAUACUUUAGGGUUCUGAUAUGUGGGAACAGACCUUCUUGUAAAUAACCACUAUUCAUAUUGUGGCAGGAGGAUGCUAACACAAGAGGCCCCUCCCAAAGGAGUCCUAGAGACAGGGAGGUGGCAUAGCCAGCUCAGCUCUGAUUGUGACCCAGGGAAUGACCACCCAGAGUAAGCUAGUUUGAAUGGGAACUGGGGUCCACAGGACUGGGGAUGAUGGCAAAGCUGGCUGGCUCAGCUAGUGGCACGAUGACGCAUGAAGGAGAUUAUGUUGUGCUCUUUAUUGCCAAAAAUAAAAACUUUUAAAAAGACAACUACUGUUAAUAAAUAUCCCU